CAUAUCGUCACACAGUGUCCUCUCACAAUCGAAUCCACCCAAUCUUUAAAACAUCAUGUACGCCGGUGGCGGAGCGAACGAGGGCGAUCACCACAGCGCAGCCAACGCGCCCUUCUCAAGCGCUGCGGCGGAGGCGAACGACCUGGAUGCGCUGGUGUUCGAGUUCGGCACGUCGCGCUGCAAAUUUGGCUACGCGGGCGAGGACUUCCCACGUGUGUACGAGCGUCCCGUACCACACGACGAAGUACAGGACGACGCGGAAUUAGGACGGCGUCUGAACCGCAGGUCGGCGCAGGUCGAGAGUGACCCGGAGAAAUUGGCUCAAUGGCUGUUUGAUGCCAGCAGCUCCAGGCUACAGACAAGACUAAGCGAGCAUCCAUUGUUACUGGUGGAGAGACCCUUCACCCUGCCUGAAGAAAUCACGGGAGAUGCAGGACAGGCGCAGGACGAACAGGAAGACGCAGGAUCUAGAUCCACCGAGACCAAAACGGUACAGGCCAGCAGCGCCAGCAAGAAGAGGGACCUAAAGGCCAGAGAACAGAUGGUGGAGGUCGUGAUGGAGGAGCUGGGCGUGCCUGCGCUCUUCUGUGCCAAGAGCGCCGUCCUAGCCUGUUAUGCCAACGCUAGGACCAGCGGCCUGGUGGUGGAGAUGGGUGCUACGUAUACUAGCGUCACCUCGGUACAUGAGGGUUACGCAUUUGCGUACCCCAAGAGUCAAGUGACUCUGUUUGGCGGUCAUGAUUUAGACGCCUUUUUAAGAACCAAACUGGCACCACAAGUUUCUAAAACUUUAGAACAAAAACUGGCGACGUCGACAGAGGCGGAAAUUGCUAAACGGAAGAAACAGACGUGGUCUUACGUGGUGGAAGCCAAGGAGAGCGGACUGUGCCGUGUGGCGGACGGACCGUUCGAUGAGGCGCAGAACGCACAAUUGCCUUUGAUCAACUACGAAUUACCGGAUAAGACCAUUGUGUCUUUGGGCACUGAGCGAUUCAGUGUAGCGGAACAUUAUUUCAUGGGGGAAACGGUGCCCCGUACUGCGGACGGCUCGGACAGCAGUAAGCCGGUGAAUGAAGGCCCGGGUAUGAGACUUCCGGAAUUAAUCUGCGAGACUGGUGGCCUUACGACAGAAACGGAGCUAAGAAAGGAAUUGUUCCAGAAUAUUGUUCUGACUGGAGGAAGUUCGUGCUUCGAGAACAUGCCGACGAGGAUUGAACGUGAGGUAGUGACUACGUUGAGUGGGAUGCCACUGCCGCUUACAGGUUCUGGUAGCAAUGGGGCAGCCGGCGGAUAUACCAGCAGCUUACGUGUGAAGGUGGUAGCAGCUCAUCCGCAAGAACGUCGCGUGGGCGCCUUCCUAGGUGGCUCCAUCUUGGCAUCGUUGGGGUCUUUCCACGAGAUGUGGAUGUCUAAAGCCGAAUAUGCUGAGCACGGUGCUACUCUUAUUCACAAGAAAUGCCCGUAGAUUUCGCUAAUGUCAGUUUGCUAUUGCUUUUUACGUGCUCUUUUGCAAAUUGGCUUUUAGAAUGGUUAAAUUGAGGUGUCAGCAAUCGGAUUCCUAAAUCUGCUUACAAAAACCAAAUUAUGAUAUGUUGUGAACAUUACCC